AUGACCCUCUCCUGGAACAGCCCCAAGCGUCCCAAACGUGAUGAAGUUACCAAGUGGCACGAUAGCACCAACGUUAUUCUCGACUACUGCCAGGGCUACCUGGAGUAUGGCAGCACCACUGAUGAUGUUCAGUGCUCUUCUCUGAGAGACAUGAACGACGCACUUUUGACCAACACUCGAAUUAACUAUGACGAGCGACUGGCCGAGGCACAGACAUGCAAUUAUCAAGCUCAGUACCUUAGCACAAAGUUGCAAAUACUAUUUAACCGAGAGAACGGCUCAGAUUACAACGCGUGGGCUCGAAGAUAUACUGUCUUGCAUGAACGCCUGUCUCAUUCGUAUACUAUUGUUCAACAGAACAAGGCCAACAGUGCGGCGCAAACGAAAUUUGUGUACCAUGGAGCUUCAGUGGAGUAUACUUCUGAUUGUCCGAUGGGCACUCGGGAAAUGGUCCAGACUUGGUAUCAACAAACGAGUGAGGUACUACGACAAUGUACCGCACUGAUGCGUGACGGCAACGAGAGCGAUGUAGCACAACUUAGCCGCAUACAAGCAAUGAGAACUGUCAUGUAUCAGCUUCUUGAUAAGAGAACGAGAGAAAGUCUUUCAAGGGCGGUAUCUCUUGGCGAUAUCUGCCUUAACUUGUCGUUCGACUUGUACAAUCAACUGUUGGAAGUGAAGAGAGUCGUGUGGUCACACUGGAAGACCUAG